AUGGUGCAGUCACCGCCUGGCGGAGGUUGCUUUCGGACCUUACGAAGCAUCGUUUUCCUUCUCAAUUUGUGUUUUUGGCUUUCGGGCUUAUUUGUAUUGAUGUUGGGCUUGUGGCUUUUACUGGAUCGUUCGGUUAAUGAUGUUCUCACUGCAAAUAGUCCUCAAACAAGCGACCAUUUCCCGUUGAUAUGUUAUCUGCUCAUUGGUACUGGGACAUUACUGACGCUAAUUGGAGGAUUAGGCUGCUGUGGUGCCUGGCGUCUCAAUCAAGGGAUGUUAACUGUUUUCUUCAUCAUCCUUCUGAUAGUGUUUUGCUUACAACUGACUGCUGCAAUACUGGCCUACAGCCAACAAGAAUUUAUCAAGCGCUAUAUCGAUCAGUCAAUGUAUCGCAUUGUGCAGGAGCUUUAUGCUACACAGUCAUCGUAUAAGGAAUUGUUUGAUAACAUACAGAGUGAAUUCAAAUGUUGCGGUGUUAGAGGAUAUCAAGACUGGCUAUACUCUUCAUGGGGACGCGAUAUUCCUGGAAAAACCGAACUUGGAAUAGGUUAUUCCGACAUUGGUAAAGUACCCCAAUCAUGUUGCAAUGAACAAGGUAUGCGCGAUUAUCCAACUGAUUGUGGAUUAACUUUUGACAAGUUAGAACUCUGGACUUAUGAAGCCUUUAUUCAUCCAAUAGGGUGUAGUAAAGCAUUUUAUGAUGUAGCCAAUAAUCAUCUGGAUAUUGCAAUCGUCAUCUGCGUCAUUAUGGGUACUGCUGAGCUAUUGGGUAUGUUCCUAACGAUGUUUCUGUGCUGCUGGUUAAACGUUGAACAACGACGAAAAGCAAGCUUUUAG